AAUGACCAAUGAGCGAAACGCAUAGGUUGGUUUUACGUCAGCCUUGGAAUGCGAAACAACACCGGAAACAAGAAUUCUCCAUCUUUGAUUUCUUAGAUCGAGCGGCAAAAGAUACGUCGCAGUUUCUUCACAAGCAAUCAAGAUGGCUGCUGACAAAUCUAAGGAUGAUGUUGAAUUGGACGAGAUGGAAGAUGAAGAAGAAGCUGGAGAAGGGGUCGCUAUCACCAAACGCGGUCUUCCAGGAUCAUUGACGGCAUAUCAGAAUUUCCUGGAGAUGAUGCAGGCAUUGUCACCAUCGGUCAAACGCAGACUCAAAGCUCUGAAGAGGCUGCAGUUUGAAUCAACCAAAGUGGAGGCUCAGUUCUACCAAGAGUAUCAUGAACUUGAAAUGAAAUAUCAGUCUCUCUAUCAGCCAUUCAGGGAUAAGCGUAAGGAAAUUGUGUCUGGUACUCAUGAGCCCACCGAUCAAGAGGCAGAGUGGCCCUCAGAUGACGAAAAAGAAGACGAGCUCUGCUCUGACGCCAAGAGUAAGAUGAAGAUUGAGGAUGUUGCUGCGGAAGGCAAGACUGCUACUGAGGAUAAGAAUAAGAAGAAUGAAAGCGAGAAGGGAGUACCAGAUUUCUGGCUCACCAUCUUCAAGAAUGUUGGCAUCUUGGCCGAGAUGAUUCAGGAACAUGAUGAGCCUAUCCUCAAGCACCUCAAGGACAUUGUUGUUACUUUAACUGAUAAGCCAAUGGGCUUCAAACUUGACUUCUAUUUUACUCCAAAUGAGUUCUUUAACAACUCGGUGCUGACUAAGUACUAUGAAAUGAAAUGCGAGCCUGACGAGGCCGACGCAUUCAGUUUUGAAGGUCCAGAGAUAGUGAAGUGUUCAGGCUGCACAAUAGACUGGAAAAAGGGCAAGAAUGUCACAGUGAAGGUGGUCAAAAAGAAGCAGAAGCACCGUUCCAGAGGUUCUGUUCGCACUGUCACCAGAACUGUUCAGAACGAUUCGUUCUUCAACUUCUUUGAGCCUCCAACUGUUGAAGAUGCAGAAAAUGAAAUGGAUGAACACAUACAGUCUCUUCUAACAGCUGACUUUGAAAUAGGCCACUAUAUUCGUGAGAGAAUUGUACCCAACGCGGUGCUCUUCUUCACAGGUGAGGCUUUGGAAGAUGAGGAAUAUGAAGAAGAAGAGGAGAUGGAAGACGAGGAUGAAGAAGAAGGCGAGAACGAGGGAGGUGGUGUGAUCAACAAGUCCUCAAUUCGUAACGCUGCUGCUGGAGCCAAUCCGAACGAGUGCAAGCAGCAGUAAAUCGCCUUCUUGUGCAUUGAUAGGACCAUAAUGUACCACAAUAUUUUCCUUGCUACAAUCUCUCCUUUUUUGACAACAUAAUAUAAUUUAUUUAAUUGUCGGUCAGUGAAAUAGAACACAACAGUUAUUACUUUCGGGAAUGCUCCUUUUAAAUUGAUAGGGUUAUGCUAUUUUUGUUUCUGGCCAGCCGGAAUAUUUUUCAAGUAUCUGAACAUCCUGUACAAUCUCUGAUAGCGUAAGCAGCUACAACACUCACUUUGGCCUAAUUUUUUGAAGUCGAUUGAAUUUUAUUUGGAUCUUUCUACGUUACCUAGAGCGCGAGCGAUUAAAUUGCAUACUUUAUAAUA